AGAGACCUGGGGUCAGGGAGAGAGGUGAAUAUGGUUUAAUACAAAGCACUAAACUCCCAUGUGCUGGGUGGGCCAGACCAAGGGAAAGAGCUACUUGGCUGUUCUGUGUCUGUGUGAUCAGAUUUCUUCUCCUCAUUGCAUUGCUCCCCCCCCCUUGUCAGUGAUGUCUCUGCCUGUGCUGCUGCCUGGCUCUUGCUGUCCCAUGGCCGGGUUGUCAUCCUCCAUGGCCAAUGCAGCAUCCGCCUCUUCCCCAGGAGGGGAUCCAUCUCAGCAUAGAACUCGCAGGAGCCGCGCGGGUCUGCAGCCCCCUAGAUGUGCAGCCUCCCUCGGACUGUGUCCCCCUCCUCCGCCUCCCCUCUCCUCCAGACGCCGAGCUGGGUCCGGCGCGAUGAUGAUGAUGCCCGGAAGACCCUUGCUUUCCCUGGGCUUGUUGCAGCUUAUCCUGGGCUGCUGUACGGUGGCUCUCAGCUUCGGGGCGCUGUCACUCAGCAAGUCCCCUCAGAUCAGGAGCUCGUGUCCCUUCUGGGCUGGAUCUUCGGUUAUUCUCUCCGGUAUAAUUGGACUGACCACAUGGAAGAGGCCAAUGGUUCUUCUAGUAAACCUAUUUGUAAUGUUAUCCGUGGUCUGUGUCCUGCUGAACCUAGCUGGAUUCAUCUUGGGGUGCCAAGGAGCUCAGUAUGUGUCAAGUGUCCCCAGCUGUCAGCUAGUAGAAAUGAUUGAAGGGAAGAUCUGUGUAUGUUGUGAAGAAUCCCAGACAAACAAGUGUCCGGAAAAAGAGAAUGUUUUGAAGCUUUUCCCAGUCCAGUCCUGCAAUGCAGUCCAUCUCCUACUUAAGAAAGUUUUCUUUGCGUUAUGUGCCCUGAAUGCCCUUACCACCACAGUGUGCUUGGUAGCCGCUGCCCUGCGUUACUUACAGCUGUUGACGACUAGAAGACCCUGCACAGAUGAGUCCCAAGUGUCAGCAGAGGAAGCUGAAGAGCAGGAUCGGGUACCUGACCCGGAAGAGUUUGUCCCACCUGCUCCUCCACCAUCAUAUUUCUCGACUUUCUACUCAUGCACACCAACAAUGAAUCAGAGGGUGGUUGGUAAUGAGAUAAUCCCGUUACCCCACAUCUAUGGAUCUAGAUUCAAAGGGAUUGAAGUGUUUUGUCCCAUGGAGCCUCCACCACCAUAUGAAGCGGUUGUUGGUGCCAAUAGUUCACAGGAGGAAAGAAUUCUGCAAACCACAGACUUAGUGGCAGCUGCUAUGGAUUCUGAAGUGCUGUCCACUGCAGAACAUUCCAGCUGCUGUAAUGAUGAUGCCAUACCUGGACCCAGUGCACAAAUUGUUCCAGCAACAGAUAGUGAGCCAAAUAAUCCACAUCGAAAGAGAUCACACAGUGACCCUGUCAUUCAUGAUCUUCCUGCACGGGGAGCUGUGCCAAGUUGUGAAGCGGCCACACAGACUGAACAAAGGCCUCCUCUGGAAGCUGUAACUUUAAGACGAGCUUUGAGAGCAAAAGCUGCUAGAUCAAGACCUCGUUCUCUAGUGGAUUACAAAUCUUACAUUGACACUAAACUCUUGGUGGCUCGGUUCCUUGAAGAGCCUUCCUGCAGUAUGACUCCUGACAUACAGGAACUGGUGGAAAGCAUAAAGACUGUUCUAAAGUCAGACGAGGAACAUAUGAAUGAAGCUAUCCAAAGUGCCAACUUUCUCGACCAGGUGAUGGUUCCAGAACAGCAAGUUACAACCUCUACCCACAGACAUUCAUGUAGAAGAUACCCAGGUCUCCUCCACUUGGAAAGCUGUGGGGACAUAAGCACAUUUUGUACCGCAGAGACACGCAAGAAAGUGAGAAGUCGACGGACAGUCCGUGAAAGACCUCAUAGCCUCAUUGGUGUUGUGCGUGAGACAGUUUUGUGAACCAUGCUCUAAAAGGCACUAGCCUCAGAAGGGCAAGCUGAGUCCUCAAAUCAGGACUUAACAGGAACAUUGCAAAGAAAUAUGCAAUUAUCCAAGUACUUUGUCCUUCCUAAAUACUUGUUUUUGUUUGUUUGUUUGUUUGUUUGUUUAACUGUAUGAAGACCCAGAAAUCAUGGUUGCCCCCCAGAAUUUCAAAGAAAUCUAUAUAUAUAUGUAUAUAAAUAUAAUAUAUGUGUGUGACAGGAUAGCCGCAUACAUGGAAAAAGCGUAAGAUAAAUAUAGUCCUAUAUGCCACUAUUGUAUUCCUUUUAUAUACAAGGAGUACUGUAGUAACUUAGAGUCUCAGGGUUUUGUAAUACUGUGAGACAAGACAUCGUCCACUGUAAGUAUGAAUUUGCACUCUUUUCCUGGCAUGAACAUGAAAUGCUGGAGUUAGAUGCUACCCCACUGAAUAAGCUAAUGUACUCUACAUUGCUUUCAAUCUGAACUGUAAUAAAGGAUAUAUAUUCAGUCAGACAUUUAGAAUUGCAGAUUUUUAUUUUGUUAGUUUGUUACUAAAAAUGGACAUGGUCGAGUUGUCCAUAUUUUUCCACUUGGGAGGAGUUUGAUGUAGGUGGCAUAAAAAGGUGUAUAUAUAUUGUGAUGCUUGAUCUAGAGUGGUUACCAAGAAAGAUUAUUUUAUCUUUUAGUUUUGGCAGUCAUUGUCCCUGACUUGAAGGUGCCUUAGGCAUGUUAUUAAAUUGAUAAGUGCAUCUAGAUCAGGAGUGGCCAAAAAGUAGACUCCAGACCUACAACUUCCAUAAUGCUUUAUCACCUGUACUCUAGUAAAGGAUCAUGGGAGCUGUACUUCUGCAAAAAAGCAGGGACCUACGUCCUGGUCACUUUUGAUCCCGUGUUUCAGGUUUGAAUUUUGUAUGAAUUCACUGUAUUUUAGUCUAUCAAUACUGGAACGAUAAAAGACCCACUCUUUUUCAGAACAAAACUGGAGAUUUUCUACACUUUUCUAAUUGUAAUUGCUAUAAAUUUAGCACAGUCCAUCAGAACAGCUUCAGCUGAGAAUGACUGGAAGCUUAUUUCACUAUUGAUGUGUAAUUAUAUAAUGUUUUCAUUGGAUCAUCUAAUAUCUUGAAAUAUCAAUAAAAGAUGGAUGUUUUGUUUUACGCUUGAUCAAA